AUGCUCAGGGGAUAUCCAAGUGGGGAGACAUUCUAUUGAAACUCUGAAAACAAUGGUGUGUGAUUCUUAGAAAUGUCUCAGCAGUAAUAAAGGCCAUUAUGAGGUCAUCAUAACCCCACACUUGCCAAGUCUCUGCAGAUGUAACCACCAAGCUUUCUCAAACACUUAAGAAACCACCAUGCUUCUCUUUGCAAAUCGUCUCUUAAGACAUGUCAUUCACAGGAAUACUUUUGACAGCAUUGUGAGGAGGCAAUGUCUCCAGUAUAUAAAAAGUCUAAGAAGCCUACAAUCUGAUGGAUUUAAAACCAUCUUUUUAGGGGAAACAGAUAUCCCUGAACAUCUUGUCACAGGAGAAAGCCUGGGUGAUGAAAAUUUCACACAUAACCCAACAUGGAGUGUUGUACAUGCUGGAAGCAGUCUAGGAUGGGUUCCUUGGAAAUAUCGAAUGUUCCUGAGAGAUGAGCUAUGUAACAGACAGGAAGAGGGUGUCUUCCUUGAAUUCUGCAGUGUGGUGAAAAAAGCCUAUGGAAAAUGUGUCAUUGUGGUCAGAGACAAAAAACAGAUAAAUGAAAGAAUGCAGAAUGAAGUCAGAGAGGACAAAGAAGUUCAACCUUAUACUUCAUCAGUUAUUAAUUUAACCAGCAUUUCAUGUUGUCCUGAGAUAGCCAGAGCUAAUGGCCAUGAGCUUCUUCCUCUUCCAUCCCCUUACAAUUACCUAAAUCCUUUAGAUACUGCCUGGUCUUCUCUGAAAUGGUUUAUCAUCAACAACAGGAAGGAAUUUUGUUUGUGGUCCAUUGACAACAUUUGUUCUUACCAGCAUAUACUUUUCAGUGACUUGAUUGGGAAAGGAAUGGAGAGGGUGACACCAACCAAAUGGAAAACAGUCAUUAACAAAGUUCGAAGAUGGGAAAACUACUAUCUGGGUAAAUGCUCAUGAAGGAAAUCUCCCCAGCAAGCCGGUGCACUCCUCCACUGCAAGGACAUUCUUUAACAGCUAGAUUCUUUGCUCUCUUUUUAUCUUCUACAUUGCCCUGGGCCAUUUGGGCACAAACCUCACAUUCUAAUAGACUGCUAAUACUGGUAGAGCUCUGUCAGCUUGGUGGUGGCAUCAUCACAAACAUGUCAUUAAAUCAAUUCAAUACUUCAACAAGAGAGGGAAAAAAAGGAAUGAGAAUGUUUGGUUGCCUGACUACUGUAACUUUAAAUCUCUACAAUCAAGCAAGUGUGGAGAUGGGAACAGAGCCAACAGAAUAUGCAAUUAUUUACAAACAGCUAUGUUCAAGAAAUGUGUUCACAACUACAGCAAGGAGGACAGAACAAAAGAAUAGAGAAGAAAGAGAUCACCACUUAUUUCAAUUUCCUGGAACAAUCUACCACGGCAUGAUUGCUCCCACUGUCUCCCAAUCCCUGGUUUCCUUCACCACAAGGUACAGGAGGGGAGCCUCUCAUCUGUCUGGGAGCUUAAGCCAAGGGGAUCAAGAGUCUAGGAAUCCAGGCCAGAGGUUGCAGCCAGCCCAGCAACAAUGCC